CGCGAGAGGCGAGCUCACACUCGACGACCACGUACCCUCCGUGCCAUAGGCACAAGCACAACACUCCCACCACUACCGGCCACCCGACUCUACGGCGAGUAUUGCUGAGAACAGCUGGGCGGGAAAGAGAGCAUGGACGGAGCUCGGAGUCGGCUUGCGGCGGUGCUUGCAGGCGAUGUGAGCGGAGAGGCAGCAUGGUAUGGGCAUGACGUGGGCGUAUGGGGUGGGUUGUGGGAUGUGGAUGUUCGUGUACUAAUGAUGAUGAUGAUGAUGAUGAUGAUGAUGAUGAUGAUGAUGAUGAUGGUGGUGUUACUGAUGACGAUGAUGGUGGUAGGCGGGCUGUGUGUCGCGGAUGGAAGACGUUCUUGUGGGGGACGGGCAAGUCCGGGGUUGGGACGGGCGGCAGACGGGGAGGCAGAAGAGGAGAGAGUCAAUGCGGUGACGCGGCGGCAAGGGGAAUUCCUUUGAUGGUGACAAUGCAAAUGGCUGAACAGUUGAGGGCUCUUGGCUACAAAGAUGACCACAUCAAGUCGAUGCUGCCCAAGCACGCCAUGGCCAUUCUCGACAAGGCAGGGUCCGGAGGGGGAUGACGGCGGGUGGUGGGUAACAGGUUGUAGCACACAACGGCAGCGGCGGCAGAUGCACGGCUGCGGCGGGUGGUAGUCGGUGUUCACAGGUUCGACGACGACAUAGCGCGCGAGUCCGAGCCGAUGCCCGAGUCUGCGGCC